AACAAGCUAGGGGGGAGGGAGUGCACUGUUCAGCUGAGGAAUUGGAAGUGAAACUCACAUGUAAACUGUCCAUGCAAAAAUACCCUUGCACUGGAUGGCUGGUAGCUGUACAGCUCUAAAUUCUCUGUGCCGAUAUUUUCCUCUGUCCACAGCAGUAAACGUCGAUUUAUGUGUUUUAUCACCAGUGUGCAGAGAUGGACUUGGACCGUCAAAAGCGCCAGGAGGGCAUUCAGAACGCCCUGGGAUUCAUACAGUCUUCUUUGCCUUAUCCAAAGCCUGAAGGCUAUAAGGGGUUUCUGACCAAGUUGGUGUGUAACCUGCUGGAUGAGGGAAAUGCAAUGUUCAGGGAGGGUGAGUGGCAGCAGGCCAUAAAGGACUUCAGUGAGGGUGUUAACGUGGCCCACUAUGCCCAGGCUGAGUCUCUAGAAAUCCCCUCAGCCCUGCUGGAGAGUCUGUAUUUCAACAGGGCAGCAGCCUACCACAGCAUGGGGGAGUAUGAGCAGGGUCUGCAGGACUGUGACAGUGCGCUGGCGCUGUGCAAAGACAGUUGCAGGGCACUCUACAGGAAGGCUCUAUGCCUGCGGGAGCUGGGCCGUUUCAGAGAGGCCUACAACUGUAGCACGGGCUGCCUGCUCACUACGCCUAACGACAAACAUGUGUAUGAGUUGGCACAGGAGCUAGCUAACAAACUGGGCCUGAAGAUACGCAAAGCCUACGUUAGCACCCAGGAGUCGGCCACAUCUGAGCAAAGUAAUGGGAACACAGUUCCUUUUGCAGGAGAGAUGUAUGGCAGUGGUCUGGAUUCCUUAAGUGACAUCUCAUCAGUUGGUUUCUCCUGCAAGCCUCUAUCUGCUGCUAUCCCAGUUAGUGAUGAAUCCUCUCCCUCUGGUCCUCUGGUCUACUCCAAACUUCUGGGUAGCCCUGUCCAAGGCCCUCGGGGGUUGCCCUUCUCUGUGCCUGAGUCAGAGCACCUGGGUGACAGUGAGCUGAUGGGAGAUGAUCUAGACAGCCUGCUGGACUGUAUUCCCCCUCAACGUGCCUUUCCCAUCAUCCUCCCCAGCUUAGCUUGUGUCCCCAUCCAGCUCCCGUUUCCCUCAGGCCUGCCCGCCGCCUCGCCACGGCUCCCCCCAGCCUUUUUCAAUUCAGCCAUCAGCCAGCUCAACUCUCUGGACACCUUCCCAGGCAUGGGUGGGGGGGAUGCCCUAGGUGCGCUGAACUCUUUAGAUGGCCUUGAUGCACUAGACUCUCUAGAUACUUUAAACAACCUGGACACCCUUUCAGGCCUUGGUGGUGGGGAUGCCCCGUCUCCCACAACAGCACUCUAUUCACUUGAUGCCUUAGAUGCCCUGGACAGUUUCUACCCACUUGGGGGCGCAAUAGCAGCCAAACCAGUGGUGGUGGGGGGAGGGGGGCUGGACUCCCUCUCUGAGUUCAACCUGCCUGGUGCAAGAAUCUCCUACAAUGUUCUCUCUGCAACAUGUUCGCCCAAGAAGUCCAACCACACAGUGGUAAAGAAUGGCCAGGUCUCCUCCAAGCUCUCUCAGCUGAUCAAGAACCCCGUAGCAGCCACCCAUGACUUCAUGCAGGCCUGUGCCACGUGCUACAGCUGGAUAGGUCCAGGGGUCCUGGACUACCAGCACCAGGCAGAAUUGGCCCACCGUUGUAAGCGGGACAUUCUUCUGUGCAGGAUCAGGGCUUCAGAGCACCCUGUCUGGAACAGGGUGCGACCCCGCCCCACGCACAAUUUUACUGGGGCGUUUAUGCUCUGCAAGGAGGUGCUGGAGACUCAGAAGUGUAAGUACAGGGAGGGCUGUACGUUUGCCUACUGCCAGGAGGAGGUAGAUGUGUGGACCCUGGAGAGGAAGGGAGCCCUGAACAGAGAGCUGCUGUUUGACUCGCAGAGCCCCAACAAUGACAGGCCCACACUCAGCAUCAAAUGCCUGCUGCAGCUCCACAACAGCAUGUUCAUGUACCUCUGUGAGGAGUGCUAUGACAGUAAGCCCAGGAUCAUCAGUAAGCACAGUAAGGAGGUGCCGUCCACCUGCUCCAACCCCUGCGCCCGACACCCAUUCGACAAAAACAAGUGCCUGGUGCAUGCGGUGAGGUCCAGCAGUGUGCACUACACUAAGAUCCGCCCGCUGUACACCCAGUGCCAGUUGGACGUGUGCCGCCAUGCCCAGCGCUACGGCUGCCAGCGAGAGGACAGCUGCUCCUUUGCCCACUCUGUCAUAGAGCUCAAAUGUUGGAGGCUGCAGAAAGACUCUGGCAUCACUCAUGAAGAAAUUGUUCAGGAAUCCAAGCGACACUGGCAUAAACAGGAGCAGAACACACACAAAGCCAAGCCGGUGUACAUGCCACCACCAUCCUCAUCCUCAAGUGGUGGGGGAGGAGGAGGCUAUAGCUUGAACCUGAAGAGGAAGUUUGUUUGUGGUCAGUGCUGGAGGGACGGGCUGGUCAGCGAGCCGGACAAAGCUCUUAAGUACUGUACAGCCAAGGCCAGGCACAGUUGGACGAAGGAGCGCCGGGUGCUGUUGGUGAAGUUCUUCGAGGGAAAGAAGUGGGUGAUGGUGCGGACGUUGCCUUUUGCCAAGACCUACCCCCAGCAGUAUGACAUAUGUGCCCAUGUGGUGAAGCAGAAGAAGUGCCACUACAUUGGGAACUGUGCCUUUGCCCACAGUGAAGAGGAGAAGCAAGUAUGGACUUAUAUGAAGAACAAUGGCUUGAAGGAUAUGCAGCAGAUGUACGACAUGUGGCUUACAAUGACGAAUCAAAACCGUCCGGCGGAUGACACCCUGAUCACCCAACACAUAGAGGAGAAGCAAAUUGUCAUGCCAACCGACUAUGCCGAGCCAAUGAGCGGCUUCCACUGUCGUCUGUGUGGGAAGCAUAGUAACAGUGAGCGCCAGUGGCAGCAGCACAUCUCCUCAGAGAAACACAAGGACCGGGUAUUCAGCUGCGAGGGAGAGGACGAGAGCCUCACCUGGACAUACCGCUUCCCCGGACGCCGCCUCGCCCUUUGUCCCAGGCUGGAGAGUGGCUGUCCCGAGGGGGUGAGCUGUGACUAUGCCCACAGUGCUGAGGAGCUGGUGGAAUGGCAGGAGAGGCGGGAAUUCCUGCGGCGGAAGCUGGCCAAGGCCCGUGAAGACAUGCUCAUCAUGCCGGACGAGUUUGACUUUGGGAAGUACAACUUUCUCCUGCAGGACUGAAGCCCCUGUCCCCUAUGUGAGACACUUGUACCUGUCAACAGACAGCAGUUGUCUGUUUUUUUUUAUUUUUUAUUAGUUAACAGUUAAUACAGUUUAUACCUGUUUGAGCUAGUUAGGACUGUAAGUGCCUUAUUUGUCCAAUAUUUUCAAAAAGGCUUAACAAAUGAGAUCUUGGUGCCUAAUUUGAGUGGAGGGAAAAGUAAUUUAGCACUGCCAUUUAACAAAACCGUACCAAUCAAAUAUCUCCAUUAAUAGUCUGUUUACUCUAUGUAUGUCUUAUUGAGGGAUAUUAAGAAAUCAUUUAAGCUUGCGUUCUGAUGGGACUCUUUAUACAACCCUCAAACUUUCACAAUAGUUAUUUUCAAAUGAAAACCGAUUUGCUGGAAGGCACAAGUUAUUGUUACUUUGUUAAUGUGUCUUAUGCCAAUUAAAGCUGCAAUGUGUAACUUUUUUGGUGACCUGAGCAAAUUCACAUAGAAAUGUUAGUUAUAGAGCUGUCAUUCUCAUAGAACAGAUCAUUCAAUGUGCCCUAUUUCUAUGCUUAAUGUUCUUAAGUUUUGUUUUUGUACACCAGCUUCAAACAGCUGAAAAUACUAUAUUUUUGGUUAAUCGAAAGAUAUUUCACAAUUAAGAUGGUACAAUGAUUCUCUACAUUUUUUGUUUUGUCACAAACUGAAAUUAGGCAGCGUAUUUUAAUUUUAGCAACCAGGAAAUUGUGAGUGAUUUCUGUAUAUUGCAUCUUUUUAAAGAAUUUGCUGCUGCCAUUGUAGACAGACAAACAUUACAGAAUGUGAUCACAGUAAUACCAGGGGUACUGCAGGGUGUUCAUGGAAAUAUAAAAAUAUAUAUUUUAUUUCAAUGUUUUUAUCAAUAUUGCGAGCAACAAGAUUAAAUUAAUUUUAAAUUAGACAUACAAUAUAAGAGGAUAAAACCUUAUUUCUAAUGAUGUGAACUCUAAUUCUCAACUCCUAAUAUUGAGAGCUAAUUGCACUCACAGGACAGUGUUUCUCCUAUAUUCAUUUAGCAGCGGUGGUUCACCGCUGCUAAAUCAUUGCCACCGUUCCAAAAAAUAUGAUUAAACAUUUUCGGGUUGGUAAAACGUUUUCAGUGUAAACAUAAACAACUAAACCAGAUAUAAAGUAUGUAGAAAAGACAUAAUGGAGCUAUAUAUUUUAAAUAAGACCAUUUAAGAACAACCACCAAAAUAACUAGAUCGUAAGGGAAAAUUCUAAACAUUUCAUGGAAUUAGAUUUGAAGUCACUCCAAUAGCAUAAGAACAUGUUGUAAGCCAUGGCAAAAUGGGUAAAAUGUCAGAAAAUUUGCUUUAAAACUGCAAAUUUUCUGUCAGCGGCACAUGUAUAUGCCGGAGUUGGCGUGGGUUAGAAACCUGCCCACUCCCCUUUGACUCACCCGGUCUUUCAAAUUGUACUCUCUCUUCAAUAAAGCAAAAAUGAUGAAAGGAAUGGGAAUGCCACACCCUUUCAACAAAAAAAUCACUUAAACUUAAUUUUCUCUCAGACCGAUGAUAAAAUGUGUGGAAUUGCAGGAAACUAGCUUUAAAACAGUAACAUUGUCUCUCCGCUUUCAUGACAAUCAAACAAUACAAAGUUUGUCUCUUCGGCCAAGAGGAGGGCCUCUACAAUUAGCGGUUGGACUCUACCACACCUACCACUACUACUGGCUAAAUAAAUUGAGGAUGCUAACUAAGGCCUUACCUGUGGGUAUAUAGUUGACCCAUAAUUUAAUAUCCAAUACAAGGGAGAUUGGAAGUUCCUCAAAUGUGCCUGUAGUAGUAGUUCCUAUCUAGCGUAUAGACUCACUCAUGGUAUGCUGAAGACAAGAUUAUUAUCUGCCCAGUAAAUUUGAAGAUGUGAAUAAUGUAUCUCCACAUAAGUAGUCCUGCACAUUAAUACAUAUCAAUGUUGGCAAACAAUAAGUAAUAACAUGGUAGUUAAACCUAGCAAAAUAAUCUUAAUAAUUUUUAUACCUUUGUUCUUUGUUACCAAAUCAUACUUUGUAUUGUUGGGUUCAGAGUAUGCUUCUGGGUGUGUCAUUCCUGUUUUGCAAGGGUGGUGACCUAAAAACUAAGACUGUCAUUCUAAAUAAGGAGAGUGAGAAUACAUAAUUCAGAUUUGUGCAGAUAAGAGCAUUUCGCCUGGAAGCGAAAAGAGGCAGUGAAGCAUACCUAGUCUCAGAGCAUUUUGUGUUAUUCUGUAUGUCAAUCGAGACACAGCUUUUUAAAAAAAAAUUUUUUUUUACAUUAAUUUUACUUUUUUUAACCUUUUAAUUUAACUAGGCAAGUCAGUUAAGAACAAAUUCUUAUUUUCAAUGACGGCCUAGGAACAGUGGGUUAACUGCCUUGUUCGGGGGAAGAACAACAGAUUUUUACCUUGUCAGCUCGGGGAUUCGAUCUUGCAACCUUUUGGUUACUAGUCCAAUGCUCUAACCACUAGGCGACCUGCUGCCCCAGUAUGAUAUGACAUAGUAUGAUAUGUUACGUUUCGUAUGGUAUGUGUUAAUUUGUGGAUUUCCAUCUCCCGUACAAUAUGUUCCGAAUUGGCCAAAUGUAUGGUAUGUUACAAAUUCUAGCUAGGUGUCUAAUGUUAGCUAGGCUAGGGGUUAGAGUUUAGGAGGUAGGCGAACAUGCUAAGUAGCUAAAAAGUAUUAAGUAGUUCAGAAGUUGUCCAUGAUGAGAUUUAAACUAGCAGCCUUUGGGUUGCUAGUCAUUCAUGUUAUAUGCCCACCCAUCCACCUUACUUUAGUUUUUGUCUUAAGUAACCAUACCAAACGUAACAUACUAAUUUGAGUGUCCCGGAUAUACAUUUACUUUGUUACGUCUAGUCUGAGACCAGGCUGGGUAAGGGAGGGGGUAACACGCUCACUUUUUUGGGGAGGGUUCUCUUGAAAUAAUAUUGAGAUGUUCUGUAUACAUCACUGGUAAUUAUGUUAGUGUUAGUUCAUAAGCUUUGCAUACUGGAAGUGUGUUGAAUACCAACUUUAGCCAGUAUAGAGAGGUAAUGGAUACUCUCGGAAUGAACCAAAUGGAAGGUUUAAGUUUGUUACUAAAUACUAUUUCAAUGACAAUUAUGGCUAUAACGAUUUUGAUUUACAACAUUCUAAAAUAAUCUAUAGAGUGGGAUGUGGUAUGUUUCCUACUAUACAAACAGUGAGCUGGAUCCUGUUGAUUUGCCAUAGGUCAGCGUUUUCCAAACUGAACGUUUUUGUUUUUUUCAAAUGACCAAAGCUGGAUGAUUAGUUUAUUAUUUGAAUCAGCUGUGUAGUGCUAGGGCAAAAACCAAAACGUGCACCCCUUGGGGUCCCGAGGACCACGUUUGGGAAACUGUUACAUAGGUUUUGUCCUGGAUUAAAUAAUUCUAAUCAAGAGUGAAUCACAUUGACCUUCAUCACAUCCAUCUAUGUCAUUGAACUGACUGCACCACAAUAUAUCUACCUAUGUUACUUUUUUUCAGGCAGUUUAAUCCUUGCUGGCUGGAAACAGUUCUUGAAACUGAAGUGUCCCCCUCUAAAAGCCAUCAAAAUGACCCCUUUAUAAAAGUGCACCCUUGUUAAACACUAUUCACACUGCUCUCGUGACCAUGCACUAUUUUAUUGUGGCUGCCAUACUGAUUGAACAGAUGGUUAGAGACCGCAGUGUUUGUGCAUUUAAUUUCCAAUGUCAUGGGUUGGUAAGAAUGAGUUAUAAGACCUAAAAGUAAUUUUUGUUUUCUUAUUUUGUUUGAGCUAUUGACCAAAUCUGACAUGUUAAAUAAAACUAUUUUUGAGGGAAUGGAUCCAAUAUCCUUUUUUACAGUUAUUGACAGUUUGUUAUAGUUGUGUAAUAAAUUACAAUAAGUAACUA